AUGGACGAAGAGGCAAUCGAGCGCCUGAAGAGGCUUCAAAUGGAGGACCUUGGGACGCUUAGAAGAGAGUAUAUCUCAACUGUUGACACCAAGAAGUUCAGGAAUAUCCGCUUGGAGGAUAUCGAAGCCACGCGAAUGAUAAAUGUUGCUGGAUCAGACGCUGCGCAUCUGGCCCAAGUGAAUCAAGCACGCCUUAACACUUGGGCAAAUGCAUACAAGGAUCUAUGUGACCCGGCUGAUCAAGAGCCUUUAGACCAUCUUCUGAACGGCCAGAGCCACCGUCUUGGACUGCGCGCCGUGAUAGAAGGGAGCGGUGGCCAGUCUUACUCAAAAUCCUCCAAGAAGAAUGAUAGUUCCCCUCAGGUUGCGGGACAUGCUCUGAGCGGCCGCUCUGCAUCAACGAGAGUCUCCAAACCAACCAGCCGUGGCGGCGGUGGCAUUGGUACAAAAGGUCGUGAGACAAAGCAGACCUCGCCAAACGCUCAGACAAGAGUCACACACCAAGGCGCCGUCGCAAAGCUGGGCAAUCAUGUGGUUCAGUCCCCUCACGCCAGGAAGCACCUGCAGGAUCCUGCUCUUGAUAUCAAUAAUCAACCGCCGAAAAAGAGUAGGGAUCAAUCUGGCUCAAAGUUGCAAACAGUUGUUAAAAGCGGUAAGUAUAAGCCUCUGUCUUCGAUCACGGGGGCCGUUAAUCACGAAACUCCACAAUCUUUCAACCAGCCUGAGGAGACCAAUGCGGGCCGAGCAUACAAGGACUCCACCGUUUCUUUCCGUUCAGACGGAGACUCAGUGGCAAUCGCUACACCUGUGUCCUCUAAUAAUGGUCAGUCGUCACGGGUGAGCAUAGUCCAGGCAGCUCAUACAGCAACUGAAACAGACCAGCGGUUUGAGCCCAGCAGACUACGAUCUUCACAGCAAGGGAAACCGCAGCACGUCAAAUCCAACUCUGAACUGGCAGAUGACAAAGCUCAAGCUGGGAAGCAAAACCAAGACGACGCACUGGUUGAUGUCUCAACACCACCGUCCGGCUCAACUACGAUCGUCCGGAGCAAAGACCUCUACUAUGAUAAUGUCCAAACCGAGGGGAAAACUGGAAUUCUCCUUGACUUCAACUCCACUCCUCCAAGGAAGAGUCUUCCAGGCGCGGAAAAUAGUUUGUCGAUGAGCCCAGCCCUGCAAGAUUUGGAAGGCAUCAAUUUUCAGGUAAAUGUUGCACAAAGUAUUCUUUUGAGGCCAGAACAGCGACCAGAAACGCAGAUAUACUCUUUCAUUGAGGCUGAUCCAGUCGAUUUGAAGGACUUCUCCAGCCCAAGGAUCGUGGAAAGCAAUGGUGAUACGAUGACCCCUACGCCUGAUAGCACACCAUCUGAUCUAGCUGCCCUCCGAGAAAAGCUCGCGCGCCUUUGCAAAUUUGUGGAGGAAACAUUGCGCCACCAUGUGCCUGAGCCGCUUCGAGAUAUGGACUUGCAAGCUCUCAGGAAGUACGAACAAGAGCUCACAGAGAUACUUUCCUUGCACCAAGGAACAAUGCAGGAGACUGCCUCACAGACUGCCAGAAAGCGACAGGAAUUUCUCUCAUCUCGCAAAUCUCAGGAAAAGAAAGCUGAAACAGCUGUGGAAAGAAAAAGUCCCAAGAUAUCCUCCCCCACACCGUCGGUCUGUUCCCCUCCGGUGAAAGCUCCUCUUGAGGAAGGAAAUAGUAAACUUAGUCUGUGUUCCGAGGAGGCACCUAGUCCGUCCAAAUUCAAUGUGCAAGCAAAGGAAUUCGUCCCAACGGUUGCUGCCAGGAAUCCCAGUUUCAGUGGCUGGCGAGAUACUAAGCUUAGCCCUCCAAGCUCAACGACCUCCGAGUCACGGACUGGACGGUCACAACAUUCUCGCCAGAAUAGUCAAGAUUAUAUGCUUAUUGAAUCGACUACUUCUCUUUCUUCAAGGUUUACGUCUCAGCUCCCACCGUGCGGAGGUCAGGCCAGUGAAAAUCAUAUCUUUGGUGAUCAUUUAUUGCCCGGUAGGGGAAGAAUCAAUGAGCCUAAUGAUGCUUGUCCGAAAUUCUUGACUCCAACAAUGCCACAAGCCCUUUCCGUGCCUAGAGCAAGACCAUCCGUCCCCGAAAGAAUAAUCACGCAUGGAGCAUCGAACUCGGAAUCUGCCGAAUCCACUAGUGCGUCGUGCAGUAUUGGUGAACCUUCUCCGAGACCUGCCCGGUUGGCAACCACUGCGCCAGCGACUGGAUCUAAUGGUGUGAAGUCAGAUUCAAACUCAGGCCCAUCUACUCCUACUUCUGUGCCCAAGGCAGCCAAGGCGGUUCAUAAAGCCAUUCCGAAGGUGAGCGCUAUAUCGCAGGUGAAUGCACUGCAGCGGUCUAUGCAUGCUCCAAAGGUGCAAGAGAAUCCCACGGCCAUGAGAAAUCCGAGCACUUUAGCAUUGGGCGGCCUCGGAGGCUCGAUCUAUGCAACACCAGUGGUGCAGAAGCCUACUGUAGCAGCACCUGAAAAUCGCAGGUCCACUGGCCUUCAUGGCUCGAGAUGGGCGAGCUCUGAGACUCAAAAGCCACUACGUUGA